ACAACUACGAGAGAUAAAACCUGAAGCUAGAGAGAUCAGAGAUCAGAGAUCGAAGAAGAGACAGAAAAACAAAAGUUACACCUGCUCAUCUAAAACAUGUCUGAACAGACACAGAUUUCUGAUUUCAGUGCCAAAGACAAGGAGAGCUUAUACUCUCUGUCGCAGAGUUCCCUGGACGAGGACCGCGUGUCCAUAGCCACCUCUGUGUGGUCAUCUCCUGCCUCAGACAUCUCUGAGAGGAUUUCACAUGACAUCCAAUCAGAGGAGAGCAGGAGAGCGUCCUCCACCGGCAUCAAGAAGAUGUCUGAUUCCAGUCAAAUUGACGAAGAGGCAGAUGAGCUGAUGAAGUGUGACGACCUUCUGGAAGAUAAAGCCGUGGACUUCCGUCUCAAUUUGUCUUUCAUAAAUGAGGAGCGCUCUCGCACUCUGUCUUGGGGUUCCCUCAGCUGGGACAGCAGGACCACAUGCUACUGGAGUGACAGACCUUCCUCCUCUGCUUCCUCUUCCUCUGCCAACUCAGCAAUGUCAAAGGUGACUGAAGAGGAUGCUGGGACUGUGACAGGCAUCAAUGCUCCUGUUAAUGAACAAAAAGUCCAUCCAGAGGAGACCAAAGAUGAGAUAUUGACCUCGGAUGAAGAAGAUCCAUCACACCAGGAGGAAGCAGAGGCAGGAGAGGCCAAACAAACAGAACCAAGUGACCCUGCUCCUGCCAGCUCCAAGACCACCAUCUCCACCAGGGGGAAGUUCUUCAGAUGGCUGAAAAAGAACAAAAUCCACCCCGUUGAAGUUGAUGUAAGCUCUGGACAGAGCAUAAAGAUCUCAGACUGUCCUCCAGAGACUUGCUCCUCUAUUGAAGAGGAUGCAGUCGAAGUCAGUGCUGAGACAAAGACCAAAAAAGGCAAUGGAUUCACACAAUUCUUCAGACACAUCUUCUCAAAGAACAAGAAGAAGCUGAACCAGGAUAAGAUGGAGAAUGGGCAGAAAAAGGCAGGCAUCAAAGUUCCUGUUGAGGAGCAAGAAGUCCAUCAAGAGGAGACAGACGAUGAGGUCCAAACUUUGCCAGAUCAAGAGGAAGCAGAGGCAGGAGAGGUCAAACAAAGAGAACAAAGUGACUCAGUGACCCCUGCCAGCUCCAAGACCACCAUCUCCACCAGGGGAAGGCUCUUCAGAUUGAAGAACAAAAUCCACCCCGUUGAGGCUGAUGUAAUCUCUGGACAGAGCAUGAAGAGCCCACACUGUCCUCCAGAGACUUGCUCCUCUAUCGAGGAGGACACAGUAGAAGUCCAUGCUGUGACAAAGACAGAGGCGGGCAAUGGAUUCACACGAUUCUUCAGACGCAUCUUCUCAAAGAAAAAGAAGGACCUGAAGCAAGAUAAGAUGGAGAAUGGGCUUGAAAAGACGCAUUCAGAACAACGUGUCACGCUGUCUUCAUUCAGCUGGUGUGGAGCAGUGAGCUGA